ACGAGCUGUGGGUGAUCAGACCCUCCUCUUCAUCUUCAUUUCCAUCACUCCAUCUUUACGGAGAUUUGUUUAUUUUUUUUUAUUGAAUAGACAUUAAAACCGCUUUGCAUCUGGGCAGCAUUUCCAACUCCUUUCACCCGAUUUGUGAUGUAUUGAACUUUUGGAAACUUUUGGGAGUUUGAUUGAUUGAUGGUCUGCUGAUACUGGAGUGAAGAUGUCAGUCAGGCGUUUGGCAGCAGCCGCUCUCCUAACACUCACAGUACUGGCAUCAGUGAGAGCGCAAGUAAUGCCUCCUUCAGACUUGAGGUUUAAAAUUUUAAACGAAAACACAGUACAAAUGAUAUGGAAACAACCUCUGACAAGGAUCGAGGGCUUCAGAAUACAAGUAAUGUCCAGUACAGAUGAAACCCUUCAAGAAUUCACACUGCCUGCAACAUCGACCAAAACCUCCAUCAAAGAUCUGACGCCUGAUGUGGAUUAUGUUGUUACGAUAAAUUCAUAUUCCGGAGCUGAUGAGAGUUUACCGAUUUCUGGUCAAUUAACAAUCCAAUCAAGUGGUUUUGAGGGAGGCUCCAGGAAACCUCAGGUCUCAGAUGCCAUCAAAUGCUCUGUUAGUGCCAUUGCUGACCUGGCCUUCUUGGUGGACGGCUCUUGGAGUGUCGGCCGGGAGAAUUUCCAACUCAUCCGCAGUUUUAUAGCAACAAUGGCUGGGGCGUUUGACCUCGGAGAGGACAAGACCAGAGUGGGUGUGGUCCAGUACAGCACCGACACCAGAACUGAGUUUAACCUGAACCAGUACUUCAAACGCGCCGAGCUGCUCAGAGCCAUUAACAAUCUGCCAUACAAGGGCGGCAAUACCAUGACAGGUGAGGCUCUGGAUCAUCUGCUGAAAAACAUGUUCACAGAGGCGUCUGGUUCCCGGAAAGGAUUCCCCAAAGUGGCUGUAGUUAUCACUGAUGGCAAAUCUCAGGACCCUGUGGAGGGUUAUGCCAAAAAGUUGAAGAACGCUGGUGUUGAAAUCUUCACCUUGGGAAUUAAAGAGGCAGAUGAGGAAGAAUUGAAACAAAUGUCUUCCACGCCUUACAGGACACACGUUUACACAGUGCCAAACUUUGAAAUGAUUAAAGCUGUGGAGAAAUCCUUCAUUACGCAGGUGUGCACCAGUGUGGAUGAUCAACUCAACUCUCUGGUUAGCGGCGAGGAAGUUGUUGAACCAGCAUCAAACCUGCACGUCACAGAGGUUGCGUCCAAGUCUAUGCGUGUAACAUGGGAUGCGUCUAUAGGGGAGGUGACUGGAUACAAGUUACAACUGGUUCCCAUGAUGGCUGGCAGUAAACGUCAGGAGCUGUAUGUCGGUUCCACUCAGACCUCUGUGAAUGUGAGAGAUUUGUCCCCUGACACUGAAUACGAGAUAAGCCUGUUCGCUCUCAACGGUCUGACGCCCAGCGAACCGGUUUUGGCGAUGGAGAAAACCCAGCCUGUUAAAUUAUCAUUGGAAUGUUCUCUGGGUGUGGAUGUUCAAGCCGACGUUGUUCUCCUUGUCGACGGCUCCUACAGUAUCGGACUGGCAAACUUCGCAAAAGUGCGAGCUUUCGUGGAAGUCCUCGUCAACACGUUUGAUAUCGGGGCUGACAAAGUUCAAAUCAGCUUGGUUCAGUACAGCCGAGACCCACACACUGAGUUCCAACUGAACACCCACCAUAAACUGAGUGCCGUCGUCAAAGCCGUGAGAACGUUUCCCUACCGCGGUGGGUCCACCAACACGGGCAAAGCGAUGACGUAUGUAAGAGAGAGAGUCUUUAUUCCUACCAAAGGCGCUCGUACGAAUGUACCUCGCGUUAUGAUUCUGAUCACCGAUGGGAAGUCCUCAGAUGCCUUCAAAGACUCAGCGGCUCGGCUUAGGAACGCAGAUGUGGAGAUUUUCGCAGUGGGUGUGAAAGACGCUGUCCGAUCGGAGCUGGAGGCCAUUGCUAAUUCUCCAGCGGAGACCCACGUGUACACCGUAGAGGACUUUGAUGCCUUCCAGAGGAUUUCUAAUGAACUUACCCAGUCCAUCUGUCUGCGAAUUGAGCAGGAGCUUCUGAACAUUAAGAGGAAAAGUUUGACUGCACCUAGGUCUCUGACCUUCUCAGAGGUGACCUCAAGGAGUUUCAGAGCUUCAUGGAUAAUUGAUGCCACGGAUGUGCAGUCUUACCUCGUGCAGUACAGGCCUGCUGCGGACUCCGAAGCAAGCUACACCUCCGUCUCUGUGCCUGGAGACACUCCUACAAAUGUCUUACUCCACCUCACGCCUGUAACGAAGUAUGAAGUCAAAGUUUACGCCCAAUAUAAGAAGGGAGAAAGCUUUCCUCUAACUGACUUUGAGACCACGCUAGAAGAACAAGGAUCCGUGAACAACCUCAGGGUAUCUGAGGAGACCACCAACAGUUUCCGUGUCUCAUGGGGAGCAGCUCCAGGGGCCGUGGUGCGAUAUAGGCUCACGUAUGUCCCGGUCCAAGGGAAUACUGGCUUGCUAGAGACGGCAACAGCUGGCCCUGACACUACCAUCGUUCUGCAGCAGCUUUACCCAGUCACCACCUACCGUGUCUCUGUGGCUGCCGAAUACUCAGCAGGCGUUGGGCCUCAGAUGCAAAUUGAUGGAACAACCAAAGAAGAUUUGGGUUCCCCAAGAGACUUAAUAACCAGUGAUGUGACGGACACCAGCUUUAUGGUGUCGUGGACGGCUGCUCCAGGACGGGUGAGGGAGUAUCAUGUCCGCUGGAGGUCUCUCUUCUCAGGGGAGUCUGGGAAGAAGGUGGUGCCUGGAGAUGUGACCAGCACACUGCUAGAGAAUCUCACACCUGAAACACGCUAUCAGGUGUCUGUGUCCGCUUCUUAUGCCAGCGGUGAUGGAAAAGCACUCAUAGGGGAGGAGACCACUGAUGCAUCUACGUCUGGCAAAGCUUUAGUGGUGUCCGAUGAAACUGAGAAAACCAUGCGUGUGACAUGGCUACCUGCUCCUGGCCUUGUGGCCAACUACAGGCUCACAUAUGUCCCUCAAGCUGGCGGUAAAGAGAUGACCAUCAAGGUUCCUGCCAAUGUGACCACCACCAUGCUGAGAAAACUGCAGCCUCUGACCACCUACGACAUCACUGUACAUCCCAUUUACAAACGAGGAGAAGGAAAAGCAAGGCAAGGAGUAGGAACCACACUGUCACAAUAUAAAGCCCCAAGAAACCUGCAAACCUCUGAGCCCACCAAGACGAGUUUCCGUGUGUCUUGGGACCCCGCUCCUGGUGCUGUACGUGGGUACAAAGUCACGUUCCAUCCCAGCGGUGAUGACAUUGAUCUGGGACAACUUCUUGUUGGACCUUACGACAACACAGUCGUUCUAGAGGAACUAAGAGCUGGAACUAAAUACUCCGUGGCUGUUUUUGGAAUGUUUGAUGGAGGUCAAAGUAUGCCUUUGGCUGGAGAGGAGAAGACCACCCUCUCUGAUGAACCCGAGCCUCCUCCUGUUGAGCCCUCAGAUGCUCAGUGUAAGACUUCAGCCAAGGCUGAUAUCGUCCUGCUGGUGGAUGGAUCCUGGAGUAUCGGCCGUUUGAAUUUCAAAACAAUCCGAGCUUUUAUCAGUCGCAUGGUGGGCUUCUUUGACAUCAGCCCAGACAGGGUUCAAAUCGGUUUGGCUCAAUAUAGCGGGGAUCCCAAAACUGAGUGGCAUUUGAACGCCCAUUCCACUCGUGAAUCCCUGCUAGAAGCGGUAUCCAACUUACCCUACAAAGGCGGAAAUACAAUGACUGGUAUGGCCUUGAACUACAUCCUCCAGAACAACUUCAAACCAAAUGUGGGUUUAAGACCCGAUUCUCGUAAGAUUGGUGUCCUUGUUACAGACGGCAAAUCUCAGGAUGAGAUUGUAUUAAAUUCUCAGAAACUGCGUGACUCAGGCAUUGAACUUUAUGCAAUUGGUGUAAAGAAUGCAGAUGAAAAUGAGUUGCGAUCCAUUGCCACCGACCCUGAUGAGAUCCACAUGUACAACGUCAACGACUUCUCUUUUCUGUUGGAUAUUGUGGAUGACCUCACCAACAACCUCUGCAAUAGCGUUAAAGGCCCAGGAGGCGGCCCAGGGACACCCACUGACCUAGUGACUUCAGAGGUGACACACUACUCAUUCCGUGCUACAUGGAUGCCACCUGAUGAGCCAGUGGAGAAGUUCCGUAUCGAAUACGUACCGGCCACUGGAGGAACCCCUGAAGUGCUGCUUGUUGAUGGCGAAGAAAACACAGUUGUCCUGCUCAACUUGACCCCCAUGACCGAGUACAUUGUCCAUGUUUUUGCUGUGAUCGGUGAGCAGAGCAGUGAGCCAUUGAAAGGAACUGAAACCACAUUGCCCCUACCUGCCGUGACAAGCAUGACAGUGUAUGACGAGGCCCUGAUGUCUAUGCGGGUCAGGUGGGAGCUUGUGGGCGGGGCCAGUGGGUAUUUGCUGAUCUACAGCUCCAUCAAUGCCAGCGUGCCCUCUGGAAAUAUGGAGAUGCGAGUUGGUGCAGAUGUGAAUGACGUCCAGCUAUUGCAGCUGCUUCCAAACACAGCGUACUCCAUCUCCCUGUACGCCCUGCACAGUGAUAUGCCCAGUGAACCGCUCAUCGACAGAGGAGUCACUUUGCCUCUGCCUACAGCUGGUGAGUUGAGGAUCAAUGAAGUCACUCAUAGCUCCAUGCGUCUCACUUGGGAUGCAGCUCCUGGAAAUGUCAGGAAGUACAUCAUCAAAUAUAGGCGAGAGGACGGAGAACAGAAAGAGAAGGAGGUCAACGGUGACAUCACCACCCUGGUUCUGACCAACCUCCGCUCACAGACGGAGUACAGUCUUGACGUCACUCCCGUCUACGACGAGGGUUCAGGAACUCCAGUGGAUGGCACAGCAAUAACCGAUGUUGUUCCUGCGCCCAAGAACUUGAGGUUUUCUGAGGUGACCCAGACGUCAUUUAGAGUCACGUGGGAGCACGGAGCACCAGAUGUUGCGCUGUAUCGCAUCGGUUGGACCAAGAAGGGAGAGAACAACUUCAAAAAUGAUAUCCUGAGUCGUGAGGAUGUGACACAAGUUUUAACGGAAUUAGACCCAGACACGCCGUAUGACGUCACCAUCACAGCCAUCUACCCCGAUGAGUCGGAGAGCGAGGACCUGAUGGGAAGCCAACGCACAUCGUCAAAGAGCAUUUCAUCUGUGCCGACUGGACCACCACAAAACCUCCAGGUCUUCAACGCCACCACAACCACUCUAACAGUGAAAUGGGACCACGCUUCAGGCCCGGUCCAGAACUACAAAGUCACCUACCAGCCUGUUGCGGGAGGAAAGCCACUGUCUGUUCAGGUUGGUGGAAAGAAGAACAGUGUUAUUCUUCAGAAGCUGUCUCCUAAUACGCCAUAUUCCAUCACGGUGGCCGCCGUCUAUCGCACUGGAGAGAGCAAAGAUAUUUCCGGCCAGGGAAAGACAAAGCCUUUAGGAGGAGUGAAAAACCUGCAGGUGAUCAACCCCACAAUGACAACGCUGAACGUCCGUUGGGAACCAGCAGAAGGAAAAGUGAAGGAAUAUAAGGUUGUCUACGUGCCUGCGGCUGGUGGUGCCGAAAGCAUGGUAGGACUGGAGCAGGUAUCUUCCACCACUACGACCACAGUUCUGAGAGGCCUUCAGUCCGAUACUCUCUACACCGUUACCUUGAUUCCUGUUUAUUCUGAGGGAGAUGGACAGAGAAUGUCUGAGAAUGGAAAAACAAGGGCCCUGGGCGGUGUGAAGAACCUGAGGAUAACUGACCCUACCAUGACCUCAUUGAACGUCAAAUGGGAGCCUGCGGAUGGGGCCGUGCGCCAGUACAAGAUCUUCUUCGUCCCUGCAGCUGGAGGAACUGAAGCAAUGGAACAAGUACCUGGGGCUCAGACUAACAUAGUUUUACGAAACCUGACCCCUGAUACUAUCUACACUGUAUCUGUUGUUCCAGUGUAUCCCGCCACAGAGGGCAGACGUCAGUCUGAGAAUGGAAAGACCUUGCCACUUGGAGGUGUUAGAAACCUCCGUCUUACCGACCCCACCUUCACAACCCUCACCGCCACCUGGGAAGCUGCCGAUGGAAAUGUGCAGGGGUACAAAGUGUUAUAUGUGCCCACCAAUGGAGGAAUAGAGCUCAUGGAGCAAGUAUCUGAAAGCACAACAACAUUAGUGUUGAAAAAACUCCUGCCAGACACCAUGUACACAGUGACUGUAGUGCCGGUGUUUGCUGAAGGAGACGGACCUCAACUCUCAGAGAAGGGAAAGACCAAACCUUUGGGUGGCGUGAGGAACCUGCUGGUGACAGAUCCGACUGUCAGCACACUGAACGUCCGCUGGGAGCCGGCAGAAGGCACUGUGCGGGAAUAUAUUGUCAUCUAUGUUCCUGCUGGUGGUCAAGAUCAAGAAGUGGAUCAAGUGUCUGGAACCACAACCUCUACUGUUCUGAAGAACUUAGAGCCCGACACGACUUACACUGUGACCGUGGUGCCGGUCUAUGCUGAGAUGGAGGGCAAACCUCUUUCAGAGAAUGGCAAAACAAGACCAUUGGGUGGAGUUCGCAACCUUCAGGUCACCGAUCCCACCAGCAGCACCCUCUCUGUUCGAUGGGAGCAUGCUGAUGGAAACCCCCGAAAUUACAAGGUUUUCUACGUCCCACAGCCUGGAGAUGAUGAAAAGAUGGAAGUAGUUUCCGGUGGCACGACAAGCACCAUCCUGCGUAAUCUUAACGCCAACACGGUGUACAAGGUCACAUUGUUGCCUAUGUAUGAAAACGAUGUAGAAGGAAAACGUCAGUCUGACAACGGAAAGACAAAACCUUUGGGAAGUGUGAAGAACCUACAGGUGACGGACCCAACUGUGAACUCUUUGAGGGUGCGAUGGGACCCGGCCGAUGGAGAUGUCCGUCAAUACAACAUCAUCUAUGUGCCUGUUGCCGGAGGUGCUUCCAGCACGACUCAAGUGUCUGGGAUGUCGACCAAUACUAUUCUAAGGAACCUGCAGCCAGACAUGGAGUACAGAGUUACCGUAGUGCCAGUUUACCCUGACGACGAAGGAAAGAAACAGUCCGACAACGGAAAAACAAAGCCUCUGGGUGGAGUGAAGAACCUGCAGGUCACCGAUCCCACAACCAGCUCGUUGAAGGUGCGCUGGGAGCCAGCUGAGGGUAACGUCCGGCAGUAUAGAAUCUUCUACGUGCCCGCGUCUGGUGGUGCUGAAGACAUGGAGCAAGUCUCUGGAGGAACAACCAACACUGUCCUGAGGAACCUUCUGUCAGACACGGUCUAUACUGUGACUGUGGUGCCUGUUUAUCCAGAGGGAGAUGGACUCCGUCAAUCUGAGAAAGGAAAGACUCUUCCACGUUUCCCUCCCAGAAACAUUGUGGUCUACAACCCGACUCCCAACAGCCUUAAUGUGCGCUGGGAGCCCGCCACGGGUCUGGUGCAGCAGUACAAGGUCGUCUAUGCCCCGCUGAGUGGCAUCCGGCCUCAGGAAUCGGUUCUCGUUCCAGGAAAUGUCAACAAUGCUUUCCUGGAUCAACUCAUCCCGGAUACUCCGUACUCAGUGAGCGUAAUGGCCAUGUAUGCAGACGGACAAGGCCCGGGAAUUGAUGGGAAAGGAAAAACACUACCGCGAGCUGGACCCAGAAACUUGCGAGUCUUCGAAACCACCACGAACACGAUCAGCAUCGGCUGGGAUCACGCAGAGGGUCCUGUUCAACAAUAUAGGAUUGCGUAUGCUCCAUUGACGGGGGAUCCCAUCACAGAAUUUAGUGCUGUUCCUGGCAACAGAAAUAAUGCUAUCCUUCAAAACCUGCUUCCUGACACGCCGUACAACAUCACAGUAAUGGCGAUUUAUGCUGAAGGACCUGGUGGAUCCCUGAACGGAAACGCAAGGACACUUGGCCUGCUGGCCCCUCAGAACCUGCGGGUCUCGGACGAGUGGUACACACGCUUCCGUGUGUCCUGGGACCCGGCGCCAUCUCCGGUCAUGGGUUACAAACUGGUCUACCAGCCAACAGACAAGGAUGAGUCUUUGGAGGUGUUUGUUGGUGAUGUCACCACCUAUCCACUACACAAUCUGAUGCCUGGCACCACGUAUGAUGUUCAGGUGUAUGCCCAGUAUGAUGGCGGUGUGAGCAAAGCCCUCAUAGGACAAGGAACAACAUUGUACCUGAAUGUCACCAAUCUGGAGUCAUUUGACGUCGGCUACGACAGGUUCUGCAUUAAAUGGUCACCUCACCGUGCCGCCACGUCUUACCGAAUCAAGCUGUACCCUCUGGAUCCCUCAGCUAAAGGUCAGCAGGAGAUCACCAUCACGGCCGGUCAGAGUCAAUACUGUUUCGAGGGCUUGAGUCCAGACUCCCUCUACAAUGCUACUGUGUUCGUCCAGACGCCCAAUCUAGAGGGACCCGGAGUCAGUACCAAAGAACGCACCCGUGUCAAACCAACACCUGUGCCAACAAAACCACCCACACCCCCUCCACCACCCACCAUACCACCCGGUUGGGCGGUUUGCAAAGGAGCAAAGGCAGAUGUGGUUUUCCUGAUUGAUGGCUCGUGGAGUAUUGGAGAUGACAGUUUCAGCAAAGUUGUCAAUUUUGUCUUCAGCGUUGUCGGAACCUUUGAUGUUAUUGGUCCAUCAGGAAUGCAGGUUUCGUUCGUGCAGUACAGCGAUGAUGCAAAGACGGAGUUCAAACUUAAUGCAUAUAACGACAAGGGCACGCUGCUUUCUGCUCUCAAACUCAUUCGCUACCGGGGAGGAAACACUAAGACAGGUGUUGCUCUGAAGCAUGUGUAUGAGAAGGUCUUCACUGUAGAAAGUGGAAUGAGGAGAAACGUGCCGAAAGUCGUUGUUGCUGUAACAGAUGGACGUUCUCAAGAUGAUGUACAGAAGAAUGCUGCUAAACUACAGCAUGCUGGUUACAGUGUGUUUGUGGUCGGCGUGGCCGAUGUGGACUUUGUCGAGCUGCAAAACAUUGCGAGCAAACCGAGCGAACGUCACGUCUUCGUGGUGGACGACUUUGAUGCCUUCUCCACCAUUCAGGACAAUCUGGUCACGUUCAUUUGUGAAACGGCAACAUCCUCCUGCCCAUUGAUCUAUGUAAAUGGAUUCACAUCGCCAGGAUUCAGAAUGCUGGAAGCCUUCAAUAUGACUGAAAAGGUGUAUGCUAGCACCAAGGGUGUGUCUAUGGAACCCGGUUCUUUCAAUAGUUACACCGCCUACAGACUCCACAAGAAUGCUUUCCUGAAUCAGCCUUCAUUGUAUAUUCACCCGAAUGGUCUACCGUCCACAUUCACCAUCAUUCUGACAUUCCGACUCUUGCCUGACUCGCCGACUGAGGCCUUCGAUAUCUGGCAGGUGUCGGACAAGAACUACAAACCUGAGACCGGUGUCACCAUUGACCCGUCCGGUCAAGCUGUGUCAUUUUACAGUAAGGACACAACAGGCGAGAUCCAACGUGCCACAUUUAAAAACGAUCAUGUGAAGAAAAUUUUCCAUGGAAGCUUUCACAAGCUCCACAUCCUGGUGUCUCCCAAGAGCGUCAAACUGCACGUGGACUGUCAGGAAGUGGCUGAGAAAGAGAUUAAGCCAAGAGGAAACAUAUCGACAGAUGGAUAUCAAGUUCUUGGAAAGAUGUCGAAAUCUAUUGGAUCUAAAGAGUCGGCAACAUUCCAGCUCCAGAUGUUUGACAUUGUGUGCAGUCUCGGUUGGACCAGCAGGGACCGAUGCUGUGACCUUCCUUCAAUGAGAGAUGAAUCCAAGUGUCCAGCUCUCCCCAAUGCCUGCCAAUGCACCUCAGACAGUACGGGGCCUCAGGGCCCUCAGGGGCCUGUGGGUUCACCGGGAAGCAAAGGACCUCGUGGUGAGAGAGGAGAUGCAGGUCAAGUUGGUCCAGUUGGGCAACGUGGAGAAAUGGGUUUGCCUGGUCCUAUGGGCCCUCCAGGACCACAGGGCCCCAGCGGGCGCUCCAUCCCAGGCGAGGCUGGUCGUCCAGGUCCAAAGGGAGAUCCGGGUGACGCUGGCUUACCUGGACAGAAAGGUCCACCGGGACCAGCUGGUGCUAUUGGGCCUGUUGGACCGGCGGGAAUACGGGGACCCCCAGGCAAGGAAGGCCAAGUGGGACCCAGAGGCCCUCAAGGAACUAUGGGACCCCCAGGAGCCCCAGGAAUGCAAGGACACUCUGGAAAGCCUGGAAAACCCGGAGACACGGGUGUUCCGGGACGUUCGGGUGUUAAAGGAGACAAAGGAGAUCGAGGAGACAUUGCAUCACAGAGCAUGAUGCGCUCCAUUGCCAGACAAGUUUGCGAACAGCUUGUGAAUGGGCAAAUGGGUCGAUUCAACGAAAUGCUAAACCAGAUCCCUAGUAACUAUCAAAGCAACACUCCGGGGCCUGCUGGUCCCCCUGGACAACCCGGACCCCAGGGAUCACGUGGAGAGCCCGGUCGGAUAGGCAGAAAUGGCCUGCCAGGAAGUCCAGGGUUGCCUGGUACCCAGGGAGAACGAGGACUAUCCGGAGAGAAAGGAGAUAGAGGAAGUCCAGGCAAUGGAGAGAGGGGACAAAGAGGUGCCACCGGACCACCUGGCCCACCAGGUGAGUCCAGAACUGGUCCUCCUGGUCCCAGCGGUUCCCCUGGCAACCGUGGUCCACCCGGUCGCAACGGUGUCGCCGGAGUACGGGGUCCACCCGGCCCACCAGGCUACUGUGAUUCCUCUCAGUGUGUUGGUAUUCCGUAUAACGGACAGGGUUACAGAGGUUCAUAAACUUUCUAAAGCACCUGUGCUGCUUACACUUUGAAAUCCUGAGAAACGUCACGUGUUAUUGGGCUCUGUGCGGAUAACCACCACGGAGAUGAUUAAACGAACACUAUUGAGCGAAAACAAACAAACAAACAAACAAAACGAGAUUACGAUCUGCGGAUGGGUACUAACAACAACUCACAGCCACGGGCAUCAGUGAUGGCAGCCAAAACAAACGAAAGCAAACAGUCGGCUGGGGACGCAUGAACAAAACACGCAAAAACAAACACCAGCAACCACAACAAUUACUAACCAGGUGGAUCUGUAGCCAAAACAACUGUAAUUUAGCAUGUUAACGCAAAGAUUUUGUUUAUUUCUGUAAAUAAACUAAUCAUGCCUAGUAAAUGGAUCCCAAUCCACUAAAUAUUAGUUUUAACCCUCGUAGUGAGCUUGUGCGUUGUAUUCUGCUGCUUUGCUGAAUGCCGACACCAGUGCCUCUCUCUUUUAUUUUAUUUUUUACUAUGUGCCUUAAGUGAUCGCACAGAUUUUUGCUCAGGGCCAAAUUUGAAGCACGCAUCUUUUUGUACAUAAUAUCCCAGAGGUUUGAAUUCUCUAUGUACACAUUUAAAGGUUUAGUCCUCCUUCACUUGACUGUAAGUUAUGGUCUGAAUAAUUUUCUGAAUGUGCUUGUUUGAAUUCUUCAAGUUAUUUCUCAUGUAGAUAUUUUUGGAAGGCAAACAUGCCCAUAUCAGCAGCUAUUUGUUUUAAUAGACAGAUGUUUCCCAUGAUUGCCAGUGUCUUUAUAUAUACACAGUUGGAUCAAAAAGUCUGAGAACACAUAACAAAUCUGGAACUUUUUUUUUGGUUUGAUUUGUUUUCAUUUAAAUCUGGAAAUAAGCAGUUUUAUGAUUUUAAUAUAAACACUGUUAGACAAUACAUGAAUCCUUCAGAUUCUGUAACUUUUCUAGGUCACUAAUUAAGAUUAAGAUUCAACUUUAUUGUCAUAUGCGGUUGUUUUUGCAUAUCCCAACUAAGCUGGGGUCAGAGCGCAGGGUCAGCCAUGAUACAGCGCCCCUGGAGCAAAUAGGGUCAAGGGCCUUGCUCAAGGGCCCAACAGUGGUAUCUUGGCGGUGCUGGGGCUUGAACCCCCAACCCAGAGCCUUAACCGCUGAGCCACCACUGGCCCUGGUUAUAACCAUGUUAAGAUCAGACUUCCUUGAAACAACAGAUGCUCUGUGGAACGUUCUCAAAUUCGCAAAAUCGUAUUCGUUUUUACAUGUAUACACUAAAAAUGUCCAACAUACAUGAAUUUAUGGGGAUUUAUGACAUUUACAUUUUUUCUUAAAGAAAAUUUUCACCUCAUCUUAAAUUCUGUAUUUUGUUUAAUAGAAGUCUGUGGGGAAAAUAACACUGGUGGAAAUACAAUUUUUAAAGUUUUUGAAAUAAAAGGACUUCUUUGUCUUGCUAAAGCUAAUUUCAUAGCUAACAUUUUAUGCAUCCUAAUACAUACAUUUAAAUUAUAUUUUCACACUUUUUGCAUAAUUUGGCAAAAUUACAUCUUGAUUGGAAAUGACGUCACCAUAAAAAUAUUUUUUCUUGGAACAUCCCAUAUUUCAUCUAUUUAGUGACACAUUUGUCCACUUGGUGGACAAGUACAAUAACUUUUGAAAUUUUUUUAUUACAAGCAAAAUUUUUCGGUUUGGUGGAAAUGUGCACAACUGUGGGACAUUCUUCAGUUUUGGGGAAUAUAUAUAUAUUUUUUUUAAUAAUUUUCACAAAAUAAAUAUUGAAAUUUAACUCUUUGCUUUCCUAUCAUUGUUUUAGACAUGUCAUUUGUAUUUUUUGAUAGAUUUUUAGUUUAAUAUUGAAAGUCUGGUUCUGGAACAAGACUAAAACUAUAACAUAUAAAAUAUACACAUAAAAAGUAUUUUAAAAGUAGCAAAAAUAAACGGAGAAGACCUGGUAAAAAAAAAAAAACAAGUCGAAAUUGGUUUAAUAAAAAGUUAAAGAAACACAUCAAAUUCAAUCAAUCUAUCAAAAUGAUGCAUUUUUCCUAGCGGUCUCAGACUUUUGGACCCCACUGUAUAUAUCUCUAACUCUGUUCUAUCAGUGCCCUUCCAACCAGCAGUGCCUAACCUUACCUUUGAACUUACCAUGGUUGCAAUUGUGUCGAGCACAUUCAGAAAGGUAACAAUUGUAUUUUGGCCAAGCAGAACAGUUUCCACCCGACGCUGAGCGUGUAGUCCAAAUACCUGAAGAAGACUUUGAGAUAUCACCAAACCAACGGCGCAAGAGGUCACUGCCUGAGACGGGAUCCAUAAGGAUAGCCUAGUAAAAGGGGGGAGUUCAUUGGCGAUGUGUUUGUUGACGUUCCGUUGGCCUGUAAAGAUAAUUGUGUGACUUCAGCACAGCAGAUCGGAUGAUUAUGCGCAUAAAUCUCGUAAUAUAACCUCAAAGCUUUCUGUCUGUCCACUUGUACUCCAUUGCUUGUAAAAUAGCAUUAAAUAUUUGUUCGAUUGGAUUCAUUUGUCACAGCAGAGUGCAGGUGAAAGGUGUUUGAUAAUUUAUUAACAUGGAAGGGUUUCCAAACAUCAGCACCUCUUCCAAUCAUCUGCAUAUUCACAAAUCAUCAUUUAUGUCUCAUACGCAUUAGUUAUCCAUUUUUGUCUUCACCUGAAAGGUUGUCUUUUUUUGUAAACAUCUGCAGUAAAACAUGCCCUCCGUUGCUUUAUAAUAAAUCAAAUAUUGAUCGUGUUGGAUGAAUGUUUGAUUGAACUCACGGCUGAUUUUACCAAAGGUGGAAUUGCAUGUCUGUGGUGUAUAUUUAGUAUAUUUUUGUUUCAUUUGUAGUUGUUGGUUUUUCUUUUUGUUAAUCCAGAAUAUAGUUGUUGUAAUUGUUGUUUUAACAGUAUCAAAUGCAGUUGGCAUUUAUGUGCAAAACUAUACAUGGAUAUAGUAUUGCUUCUUCAUGUUUGUAACUGCACAUUGUGAAUUCCACAGCCUUAUUUUCUUAUUUAUUUCUGAAACAGAGGAGGCAUUUUUCAAUAAAACUACUGAAAAUAUU